AUAGAGCAUUCUCAUGAAUUAUUCCGAUAAUCUCCUUUGGAAUCUUUCUUGGGUCAUCAUGUCGUUAUAUUAUCCAUGGAUAUAAAUUAUUACAUUAAGUCAAGCAACAAUCUUUUUGAAAAUAUCAAUUAAAAACAUUUUAUUAGAAUUUCAAUACCUCGUAGACCAAGAUUUUCAUCAUGCUAGCUUGCAUACCGAAAAGGUUCACACAUUUUUUAUCCCAAAUUCUUUCUCCCGACGCCGCGGCUUCCCUGGUGGACGAGGCAAGAGAUCCUGGUGCUCAUACAGGGGAAGAGAGAGGAGUCGUGGAGAGCCGGGUCAGGAGGGGCCGGACGGCUGGGCUGGAAUUCGGGUCGGCUUCCAGGAACGAUUUGAGGAGGGAGAGGAAGCUUCCAGGGUUCUUCGACAGGGAGGUUUAUGACAUCCUCGACGGCGGAGACUGUGAGGAGUUGACUACGAGAUUGGCUCUGGCUUUGGACCCAUCCGUGGAGGCCGGUGCCGAAGAUCCGGAGGUGGAAACUUUGUUCGACAGCGGGAGAAGCGAGGCGGUCGAGGAUGGGCUGUUUUUCGAUUUUGAGCCGUCAGGGAGGAGACUAGAUUUUCCAGUCCCGUUACGACACCAACCAACACCUGUGAUAAUGAUCUGGACGUCAGUCUCAAACGACAUCACCAUCCACCCCACCGUUGAUCUCUGCGAUCGCAUCUCGCGUCGGCGGGCUGCCAACGGGGAGAAUCUCCAGAUCCCCAUGCAACAUGUAGGAGUUCUGGGGGAAAUUGUUCUGAAUUCAAUGCAAAAGACUGGAGGGGUGAUGCUACCUGGUGACGUCAACUCCCCGUUGUACCACGUGGGCCGGACAUUGGUCUUGUCGUAGACAACUAGGUCACAGACGGGUCCAAGAGGAGAUACAGCGGCGGCGCAGUUCGCGCCCCCUAUCCCAGCAGUGGCGGAGUCGCCGCCGUUAUUUCAGUUCCCAGGAUUCAGAGCCAGCCAACGACUCUUGUUUCACGCCGCCGUCUGCUGCCUCCGAUCUUCCGCCACAGCAUCUGCCCACCAGCCCCUACAAGUUAUCAGACAGAGGGCCUCUUACUCUCAUCUUAUUACAAUGUGUGUUAGGGAUGGGGGA